UCCGAUCAGCAUCAACAAUGAUUCCGCAGAGGAAUCCAGAAGAUACGGCGAUCUCCACAGCCGUUCCGCAGCGGAAUGGAGGAGCUCGUUCGUCGAUUCCGAUCAAUCCGCAGAGGAUUCCGAGUUUGGAGCAAUCAGCCGCAGCGGUUGUAUAUCUCCAUCUGAAAUACGUUCAGAGAGCCAUGGCUUUGAAGUGCGUGGACUCAAUUGAGCGAGAGUUUCUGGAUCAAACACAUUCUCUGCCAGGCGCGAAUCUGAAUCGGAGAACUGUCUUGCUACGAUUCUCAUCUGAGAACGAUUGCAGAAGGGCUUGGUUGCGAAAUCAAAUGCUAAUUGCGGAUAACCGGAUGUGGAUGUCGCGAUGGAUGCCGGAGCAGAUCGUCUACCCCAAUCGUGAUUCUCCCCUGACUCUGGUAUGGCUUCAAUUGCCUCUGCUACCCAUUCAUUUGUUCAAUUUUGAUAUGUUAUCUCGCAUAUGUGAACCAAUUGGAAGAUUGGUAGAGCUUGGUUCGGCCACAGUCAGACGAACUAGACCAAAUAUGGCAAGGGUGAAGAUUGAAAUCGAUGUGUCUAAAUCUGUUUUUGAUUGCAUUUGGAUUGAAUUUGGUGAAGGAGGAGGUUUGGAUGGGUUUUGGCAGAAAGUUGAGGUGGAAAGACUACCGAAUUUUUGUAUUGUAUGUGGCCGGUUCGGUCACCUGGUGGGGAAUUGCAAGCAACUGAGGUGAGGUUAAGAAGAAGAGAAGAAAGGGGCACAUCACCUACUUGUAAAAAUGUCCCAAUGACUCCUGAAGUUAUAAGAAAGGAAGAUGGCCAAACAUUUGAGGAGAAUCAGGGGCCUGAUGUGGAUGAUUCAGGCCAAGGUACAGAAAAAGUAGAAGCUGAUAUAAGCUUUAAGGACAAUGAGAGGAAGAGCCCUAAUCAGAGGGGUCUUGUCACAAAAACUGUCAAACUGGCUUGAAGCAAAAUGAGCCUUGUGAAGCAUAAAUAUAUGCAGUGAGUAGUUCUAAAAGGAAGCUGGAUCAGGCUGCUGAGUCUCCUGAGUUGAGGCCUAAUCUGGAAGCAAAAUUGGCAUCAUUAGCAAGUGAAGAAUUUACCAGCAUCAACAUUCUCAUAUUAUUGCUUCUAUUAGCAUUUUCUAUUCUCUCUUUAGUACAUGAUUGCUGAAAGCCUAUUCUUGGGGCAUUGGUCUUCUUG